AUAUUUCUGAGCAGCUUUCUUUCAUCAGCUAUUUGGAUCAGUGUGGAAUGUUGAAUUGCAUGCAAAAGCGGCGCCCUGUGUAUCUAGUCCUAGGUCCUAGGUUGGAACUUGGAAGUGCUUAUUAGUAACAGAUCGACGUUGGGGCGCCUGUUCCAAGGAGCCUCCUGUGACGUUGAUUUAUUUUCUUGCAAAUUGAACACCCACAAUCCCCACUUUCUCAGUUAUUGAUCCUGUGCCUGUAAUUAAAGCCAAUGGAAGUAGAGGUGGAAAAGUGGCGCAGGCGAUAUGUAGCUAGUAAUGGUAGCUUGAGGUAAGCGGCGUCAACAAUCAGCAAGCUAAGCAAGCCAGGAGCUUUUAUGAUGUGACACAAUCACGCGGCAUGGACUGUUCAAAAGGUCAAACAGCACGGUGCGUCGGGUGUUGUCUCCUUUUGCUCGCAGCUGCUGCAUGUGCAAUUUUAGUUUGGAAAAACGACGAAAGCACGCGACUUUUAAUAAGCACCGCUGCAAGCAGCAGCCUACGGGCUGUAGGCUUGGAGCCAGAGCGCUGGAACACAUCCUUAGGGGCAAGUCUGGGAAAGGUAUUUUCAGCCACUGGGGAUGAUAAGUUGGUAGGAGCUGAAGGACCGCGCUUGAAGAGAAGAGCAUAUCUUCAGCACAUGCUUUUCAACCUUGGCUCUUCUUCCAAAGGUUACCUGAUACGCAAGGAACUUGUCCGAACGUGGUGGAUCCCAAAUGUGACACGUGGAUAUGUCUGGCUGGAUAGCCCCAUCAUCGAAGGGUACAACUGGCGGUCUGAGGGCCUUCCUGAGGCAAAGAUAGCAGAGGAUACUUCCGCUCUUCCGUACUAUCAUGUGGGGCCCCGUGCUGUUCUCAGGCUCACAAGGAUUGUGGCGGAAGCCUACAGACUGGAUCGGCCUGAGGUCUGGUGGUUCGUGAUGGGGGACGACGACACGGUCUUCAACGUGGAGGCGCUUGCGGAGCUACUGUCUAAGUACGACCAUACUCAGAUGCUACUAUUUGGGGCGGGCUCUGAGAUGGUCAGGCAAAUGAACGACAAUUCAUUCGAGAUGCCAUUUGGGGGGGCUGGCUUCAUUGUCAGCAGGCCACUCGCGCGGGCUCUUUCGUUAACAAUCGACGACUGUAUCAGACGUUACGCUUUUCUUUAUGGAAGCGACGCCCGUAUUGGUGGAUGUGCGGCAGACCUUGGAGUCCAGAUGACCCGCCUGAAAGGCUUGCAUCAGUUUGAUGUGUUAGGCAACGUAAGGGGUUUGCUCCAGGCUUAUUCGGUUGGGCCCCUCCUCUCUCUGCACCACGUGUUCGGCGUGGAUCCGGUCUUCCCGAACUUGACCCACAUUGGGGCCCUUCAGCGGCUGACACGUGGCAUGCUUGCGGACCCACUAUAUUUUUUGACGACGGCAGUCUGCAUAGAUGCAAGUAGACUUUUCACGAUCGUAGUGUCUUGGGGCUACUCCGUGAGGAUACUGGAUGGCGCCUGGAACGGUUGGGAUCUGGAGAAGGUCGAGCGGACCUUUAGACCUUUUGGGUGGGGAACUCAAUUUGCUUUCAACGUUCGAGAUGAGAUUCCGGCUGCCAACAAGUCGUGUGCCCUCCCCUUCGAUCUUUGGAUCGAUGAUGUCCGCUCUGGAAAGAACGAGCCGGUGGAAAGUCUCUACUCUAGAAACGAAUUAGGGGACCAGAAUGAAACCUGUGCGUCAAACGUAACUCGCAUUUUGCGUGUGAAAGUGAUCAGAGAAGCUUCCCCGGCGAGUAGUUUGUCUAAAGGACUUGGUCUCCAUGAUCGGUGGCAGUGCUGUCGGUCAACAAAAGUCGACGACUCGGGGUUAGCACUAACAAUCGUCUUGAGCAACUGCAAAGAGGGCUUAUGACCCGCGCCUCUCCAGGAUGAUUGAGGUACAUAUAGGUCCGGUCUUUGGCCGAUCUUUUCGGUGGGCCGGGAUUUGUCCGAUGGCAAGCUAGAAAAGUUGCGCUUGCAUGCAAUAGUGUAUAUACCGUGACUUUAGCGAAUUAUCUCAGACGCCCACAUUGCAGUUCAUCAACCAACUAAAAUUUGAACGGAGACCCGUCACUGUUCGACCA